AUGAAAAAAGUUUGGUUUGCUGUACUCACACUGGUGCACCUGGAGCUCACCAUGAGGGCUGACACUGCCCCAUUCUGUGCUCAUCGAGAGGCUGGAUGCAGUAUCCCCUCCCUGGCCGAUCUCUUUGACAGGGUCAUACAGCAGUCUUCAAGGAUGCAUGGCAUCUCCAGUGAUCUGCACUCUGAAUUCGAGCAAUUUUUCUUUCCCAGCAAGAACCUCAUAGGAAAACGGAAAUGCCACACACAUGGCAUACUAACACCGGAUGACAAAGAGAAUGCCCAAAGACUUGGACGAGAACAACUGACAGAGGUGAUUCUGGCGCUGCUGGGGGCCUGGGGCGACCCCCUUUCACAGCUUUACCGCAGCAUGUCUCAGGAUCAGAAUCAAGACUUUAACCACUACAGCUCCAACAAGGCACUGGAGAUCAGUGAUAUGGUGCAUGAACUGAGGGAUGGAGUCGCAAAAAUGGCUGACAAGAUGAGGCUAUUGGGAGUGCUUGGUAACACUGUGGGUUACAUCUCUCCAGAGAGCUUGGUCCCCUCUUCUGCCCUUUCCUUCUACAAACAAGGAGAAGGCAGCUCAGUGGACCAUCAUGACCUGCUCUACUGCUUCCGCAGAGACUCCAACAAAGUCAAAAAUUAUCUCCGUAUCCUGAAGUGCACCACCCUUCCUGGACUGGACUGUUAA